AUGAAUGACUUUGAGAAAGAAAGUGCGAUGAUGGACAUGAAAGAAGAAAUGAUGUCCGAUGCUGUCGAUGAUGUCAUGGACGACGAAGAGGAAGAGGAAGAGGAAGGCGACAGAAUUUUGAAGGAGGUUUUAGAUGAAAUUGGCGUCGACUUAUCCCAAAAACUAACCGAUGCCCCUGUUGGUAUCGCUUCCACUGCAUCCCCCCUUGCCAAUAGGCAACCAGUGGCAUUGGGUGAAUCUGGCUCAUUGUCAAGUUCUGCGCGUCCGAAUACAGACCUCUCUGGAGGUGUCAGCUCUGUUGGAGCAGGGGCGAGUGACGAAGAUGCUCUCCAAGCAAGAUUGGAUGCCCUGCGACGGGGUUAG